AUGAGGAGGGGGCCGUCUGAGGAGGCCGGGCCCCAGGGGGGGAGGGCAGGCCCGAGGCCGGGGGCGCCGGAGGAAGAGGGCCACGACGAAUGGAGGGCAGACAGAGCGCCAGGGGGGCCUGAGGAGGAGACGAGGGCGGGCGUGAGGAGGGCAGACGGGAGGCCAGGGGGGCCGGAGGAGGCCAGGCCCCAGCGGGGGGGGGCAGGCCCGAGGCCGGGGGGGCGCCAGGAGGAGAGCAGGGCGGCCGGGGGGAGGGGCCGGGGCGGCGGCCGGCGGGGGGGCGGCCGCGUGUGCGCGUCGCUGCGGGCCCUGAGCGGGGCGCUGGGCGGGGGCCCCGCACCCCACAGCUUCGGCCGGGCCCGGCGGGACGGGCCGGAGCCGGCAGCUGAGUUCUGGAAGUUGUUGUUCUCCGUCCUCAAGCAAAUCCACGCGGAAGCGGAAAGAGGCUCGGGCCCGGUGGAGCAGCCCGAAACGAUAGCCCGCCAGGUCGGCUUCGUCAAGGCCGCGCUGUGGUUCCACGGGUACGGACGGCGGGCGCUGUACCGGCUGCCCCCCGACGGAUCCCGCGGGAGCCGGGAGCUGCUGCUGGCCUUCUCGUGGCUCCUGCAGCACGCCCGCCUGCCGCUCGGCCUCCUGCCGCACCCCAGGGCGUCCGCGGCCGACCGCCUCCGCCUCUGCACGUGCGAAGAACCGUUCGGGAGAGCGCGGGCUGGCCCGGAGCCGGCGGGCCCCUGGCCCGAAGGCCAAGUGGACAUCCGAUCUGUGCAGUGGCUGGCCGGGAAGCUGAGGUUCCGGUGGCGGGCUCUCCACGCGGGACAGCAGGAGCAGUGCGGGCUCCUGGCUAAGAUCCACUCGUACACGCGAGGUUGCCACCCGGACCGAUCCAUUGGCCAUUUAUCUGUCUCCGAAACGGACCUGAUCAGGCGGCCGGAGAACGGCGGACAGUUGUUGCGGCUGUUGGAGGUCGAAAACUCUCGCCUGGAAGCCUUUCUGGAGUGGAAGCGCCUGGAGCUGGUGUACUGGAAGUGGAUGGAGACGGUGUGGGACGCCAGCCAGGAAGACCCCGCGGUCCCCAGCCCCGGAGACGACCCCGAGGAGGCGACGGGCGCGGCCGCGGGCCGCCCCGGCUCCGCAGACGUCUCUGAGGAGAUGGCCAGGGUGACGGAGGAGCUGGAGGCCCUGAGAUGCCACGUGUCUGCCUUGCUGCCCUGCCCGAAGGCCACGCCGUCGGAGCGGGCCCCGCCAGAAGCCCCGGACGUCGAGGACCGGCCCAGAGAGCGGCUUCACGGCUGGCACCGGCUGGUGUUCCGGGAGGCGUCCGCCCCGGCCGGGAGGGGCCGCGGCCCCCCGCCCCCCGCCACGGAGGCCCCCGGGGUCAGUGCCGCGCAAGCGGUGGCCGAGCUGAGGGGGGAGGCGGCUCGCCUGCAGAGGCGGUUGACGCGGCUGCAGCGGGAGUGCGCCCGGAGGUUGGCGGAGCUGGCCGCCGGGCCCGACGCCCCCGUCUGCCUCCCCCCGGCUGAGGGUUGAGACUCCGCGGAGCGGGGGACCGGGACGGUGGGCCGUCGGCCCCCAGGAAACGGACCCCGUGCCCGGCUACGGCCAUUCGCCCGGCGGCCCCUUGGCCGUUUAGGAGCGCG